ACUCGCGACCAACGCGUGCGGUGUCUCUCGUUGCGCGCGUGCCGGGGCGGGAACCGAGAGAGCGCCAGAGAAGAGACAGGGACAAGCCGACAGUAAAUAUAUUUAUAUCAGAAAAGAAGAGGUGGAUCUUGUUGGCUGCUAUAUCAUCACCAGUCGCUCGUUUACGUGGACUGUAAUCCAUUAGUAACUUUUCGCUCCAUUUCAAAAAGCCAAAAAAUCCACUUAUCAGACAAACGACUCGAGGACACAACAGUCGUGCGGAUCGUGUCAGCGUUUGACCCACUGUUGCCCAUUCACUUACAAGUAUCCUUAAGGAGACGAGACGAGUUGCCAUGGAAACUGUUCUGGUCUUUCUUUUUUCCCUUCUAGUCUAUGUGUCUGCUUUGACUGACUCUGCUGCCCAAGAUGGAAAAGAGAAGGGACUGGAACCAUUUGUAUAUGACUAUGAGAGUUUGAGGAUCUGGGGUUUGGCGUUUGCUGUGGUGCUAUUUGCUCUGGGAGUGCUCCUUAUUCUCAGCCGCAGAUGCCGCUGCAGCAUCAACCAGAAGUCCAGGGCUCCAGGAGAUGAAGAAGCUCAAGCAGAGAACCUUGUGGUCUCCAAGACCAAGGAGACUCCUAUAGCAGAGAACUGAAGCAGUCCAGUGUUGUUAAAUGCAUAGCCGUGACUUGAACGACUUCACUGAUGCUGCGGAUGCUGAUGAUGAUGAAGCUGAUUCCAGACCAUGGCUAUGAGAGGAAAGAGAGGAGACAAGAAAUUUGUGGGAGGAGUUGAUGGGUCGGUGUCUUGUACGUAGACCUCUAGUCCUGUCACGUGAACAGUAACUGUAUCCGUCUUUCCGUGCGUGCCCUCUUGCAAUAGUCUGUCUUGAGUGAGUUGUUUUAGCAAAACGAGACACUUUCUGCAGAUCAUUCUUAACGUUUUUGGCUCCUCUCCAACUGAAUGUAUGCAUGUGGUUAAAAAGGAACAGUUCACCCAAAAUCACAUUCACAUUCCAUUCCAAAUAUUUCUGCCAAAUAUUAUUUUAUUUUUUUUUUAUGCUGAACACAAAAAGCGGUAAUAUUAAACAUUUUGUAUGUAGCCCUUAUCAUAUAAUGACAAAACAAAAUAAAAAAAACACCAUAGUUUAAAUUUUUGGAUGAACUGUCCCUUUAAUAAAAAAAAAAAAAUAGAUAAAUAAAAAUGUUUUAAUGUCCAACAGUGAAUAACUGUUGCUGUUAUUGUUGGUGGGACCGCUUGUUAUUGUCAUUUGUGUCACACCUGCUGUUUUUUUAUUUUAUUUUUUGUUGUUGUUGUUGUUUUUUUCUCUUGUAUAUUAUAUAGAUUAUAUGCACACAUAAAUUAUUUCAUAUAAGUAUUGAUUCAUAUGUGAUGAAGAAUAUAUAUUUGAAUAUACAAUCUACACAUGUGUGCGCACGUAUGGAUAGAUCAUGUAGAGCUCGUACGAAUGCUCACAUUCAGGGCACCUCCUCCUGACAAUCUUUCGAUCAUUGAACCCAGACCAAGCACAAACAAUAACACAGUACCACUACGGUACCAGAGGGGGCGCUAUACCACUGUCCUCUGAUCAGCUGUAACACUGCCGGGCUCAAAGCCCCUAUUCGGACCCACAGUCUAAACGUCUGCGGCCUGAGAACGAGACCGCAGGAGCAGUUCACUUCACCAUAGUGCCGCAAACCUGUGUCCUUUACCUUUACUAACACAUGUUUUCUGUAGCCUACGUAUUUACUUUAAUAAGUCACCCAGAAAUGUAAAUAUUUGUCAUCGUCUACUCACCCUAAUGUCGUUAAAACUCAAAAAACAAGAUGGUUGUCAUUGUUAUGUGGAGCAAAAAAAUUUGGUGUUUUGCUAAAUGUCCAAGCAGCUGUUUUGCAUAAAGUAAGGUAAGGCAUAAAGCGUGCUUGCACAUGUGCAGCUGAACUCCUUUUCGAGUAUUUUACACAGGUGGUCAACAUGUGCACAAGGAAAUUUCAUCCUUUUCCAGUGUCUGUGCUUUAUCUAUCUAAAAGUUAUGAGAAACAAAAAUGUUAGCUGUUGUCUUCGAAAGUAGUUUGUUUGGUGUUGUUGACUGUGAAACAACAGGCAAAGGCAGUGUUGCCACCUUGUGGACAAACUAAAUAGUGCAAAAAUGAAAUUUACUUUGUCUUGCUUAGGAACUAGGACUUUGAUGCGCACAAAAAGCACCAUAAAACUAUCAUUAAGUGUCUCAUAUGACUUAGGCCUGGUUCACACCGGACGCCGAAGUGGCGCAGAAGCGGCGCAGAACGGAGGCCACUUCCUUUCGCCGCCCAUGUUAACCUAUGGUGUCGUUCACACCAGACACGGAGCGCCGCAGCGUGCCGCGGCCGGCCCGCACCUUGAAACGCCAGUUUCGGCAUCUGGUCUAUUUUUUGCACGAGCCGCGAGCGAUUCGCGUCAAUUCCGGCAGGAAGUCACACCAAGAAACACGCGACAAUCCGGUCAUUUGUCAAAAUAUAAGCAAUUUUCAAAUUAAAAUACCGCGAGUGACAAAUGCGAUCAUAUUUGUGUAUCUAAACAGACUAGAAAAUAAAAAAAUUUAAAAAUUUAAAAAAAAACACACGCACGCACAUGCACACAGAGAAACGGGAGUGGGUGGACUUCUUGGUUACAGAAACAUGGUGUAUUCAUUUUAUGAGGUUAUUUACUUACCCAUGAUGUGCUCUGAAUAAAGAACAACUGAGCAGAAGCGCUUGUCGACCACCGCGGAGUACACGCGUCUGGUGUGAACAGACAGGCGCCGGACCGCGCGUGAUUUUCCGUUCCGCGUCUCUUCGCCGUCCGGUGUGAACCAGGCCUUAAAUGACAUAUUAUGGUAUAAUUAAGGAACAGACUGAAAUUUAAACCAUUAUUUGCUGAAAAUCUCUAAUGCAGCUCUCAAAUCUCAUUCCGCUCUGUUAGUGUGCACAUUCUGUGUUUUCUGCAAAUGACUUAAAUUUCGAUCUAACAUUCCAGAGCUAUGGUUAACGUUAAGAUUGUAUGACUUUCAAAUCACAUUCAGUUGAGUAAACAAUGACAGAAUAUUGAUUUCUGCGUGAACUAACCUGGUAACAUCAGUCGUAUUUCUGAACUGUUCAAUGGGAACAACAUGUCGGCCUCUAAAGAGACUAAGCUUUGCAUUUCUGUGUGUCUGCGUACGUUUGUGAGUGUGUGUGUGUGUGUGUGUGUUGUUCCACACAUCACUUGCUGUGAUAAACCUAUGAGAGUUAUAGAAAUGUAGGUCACUCUGUAGAGAAGCAUUUCACUGAAUAUUAAUCACAUGUGUUCAAGAACACCGUCUAACGCUACAGAUGCUUCGCUAUUAGAGAGGAAUUGAACACAUAUCCGUCUCAUAUCUGUGCAGCUGCUGUGUAUGGCCGCUCUUUGUGCUUCAAAAUAAAUGAAGUCUUUGUCUGACACAGGCA